AAGAGGCUGCUGUCGGAACAGCGAGUAAAGAGCUCCAUUGUGCUUGGAGACCAGAGCGGACAAGAAGAGCCAAACAAGAACAUCUGCUGACCCGUAAAGACACUCAUGAUAUGCGGACACACAUGGACGCCAAUGCGACACACUAGCGCGGUUGUCUUUCGCGGGGCGGAUGGUGUGCUCCCGGCGGAAGGAGCCGGAAUAGGAAGAGUUAAGACUCGACAUCAGAACUGUUUAUCUGUGCGGCUAGCAGGCUAGCUGGCUACAUGCUCCGGAGCUGCUGGCGUGUCUUUGCUUGAUGGAAACCUCCAUCCGUGCAUCCUCCAACAAGCUGCUUUUUCUUGCUCUUUUCCACCGUUUGCGGUCUUAACCGUCCAGACGCAACUUUGAAGGUUGACUUCCGAGAAGAAGCGGAGGGCUGGAGAAGUCACAAAAGGUUGGCGAGCUGAAGGUGGGCCACAAACAGAAAGCUUGGUUGAACAUGACUCACCAGCCAUUGCCGCCAAGUCAUACCCAGCUUGUGACUGAAGAGGCCAAGCCAAUGCACCGUGAGGGAGAGGCAUUGAGGUCAACACGCUGACGAUCAUCUCAAUACCUCUCCUCCGCCCGAUCCCCGGAUACGACCCCCACCCCCCACCCCCGUCCUGUCCGCACCAUGCUGCGCUUCCUUCCUCUCAAACUUGGCCGCCUGUACCGCUGUCUCAAGCUCCUGUUUGUGCUGGGAUUGUUUGUCAUCUUGCUGAUGAACACCCACAACCUGUUUGCCUCAUUCCAGAAGAACGAGCUCACCGACCGGCGCUUCAUCAACCUCAACAAGUGUCCCGCCUGCUUCGGCACCAGCUGGUGCCGCAAGUUCAUGAACGGUCAGGUGUCGUUUGAGACCUGGGGGCGCCUCCGCUUCCUCGACAUCUUCAACGUCAAGAAUGUUUACUUUGCUCAGUACGGGGAGCCCCGGGAGGGCACCCGGCGCAUCGUACUGAAACGGCUGGGUUCCAACCAGGAGCUGGCCGAGAUAGACCAGAAGAUCUGCAAGAGGGCCACGGGCAGGCCACGAUGUGAUCUGAUCCAGGCCAUGUACAAGACUGAAUUUGCAAGGAUCAAUGGCGAUGUUCGUCUUCUCACUCCAGAGGUGGUGGAGGGCUGGUCAGAUCUGGUGCACUGCCCCUCUCAGAGGCUGCUGGACCGUGUGGUCCGACGCUACGCUGAGACCAAAGACUCUGGCAGUUUCCUGCUCAAGAACCUCAAGGACACGGAGAGAAUGCAGCUGCUCAUGACCUUGGCAUUCAACCCGGAACCGCUUGUCCUGCAGAGCUUUCCGUCAGACGAAGGCUGGCCGUUCGCCAAGUACCUGGGGGCGUGCGGGCGCGUGGUGGCUGUCAACUACGUGGGCGAGGAACUGUGGAGCUACUACAACGCGCCCUGGGAGAAGAGAGUGGACCUGGCACGUCAGCUGAUGGACAUCGCCGAGCAGCUGACCAACAACGACUUUGAGUUUGCGCUCUACUUGCUGGACGUCAGCUUCGACAACUUUGCGGUCGGCCCACGUGACGGAAAGGUCAUCGUCGUCGACGCGGAGAACGUUCUGGUGGCAGACAAGCGACUGAUCAAGCAGAACAAGCCGGAGAGCUACGACGUGUGGUACGAGAGCCGCUUCGAGGAGUGCGACAGGGAGGCCUGCCUGUCCUUCUCCAAGGACUCGCUGUGCUCCCGGGUGACCGUGGACCACAACUACUACGCCGUGUGCCAGAACCUGCUGUCUCGCUACGCCACGUGGCGGGGCACCACGGGGGGCCUCCUCCACGACCCCCCCGCCCACAUUGCCAAAGACGGACAGCUGGAGGCCCUUCUGGACGAGUGCACCAAACCCAAGAAGCGCUACGGCCGCUUCCAGGCCGCCAAGGAGCUGCGCGAGUACCUCACGCGGCUGUCGGCCGACUCCUCCCCCGCCAGGUAAUGGACGGCGUCGGCGUUGGCCCGACGCACUCCUCCAGACCGGAUCCUGGAGCGGGAAGAAAGUCCUAGUGCACGAUGUCAUUAGCGCUCCUUUGCACAGGAGCAGGAGGAACCUUCUAAGACCUUGCUGCUGCCCCACCAGUCAGCCGCUAAGAUUCUGUCAGGAAACAGGAUAGACGGUGGCCAUCUUUAAAGGAAGGGGGCGGGCUCUGAGCGGCGCUGACCCUCACACACACAUCACCGUGGUUUCAUGACAGCUUUGAGUUGAACUCUUCUUUUUUUAUGUUUUUCUUCUUCAGUUCAGGGCUACAUUUGCGUGGAUGAUUUUUGACGCACCGUGGAUUUAAAAAAUGUUAUUUCCCAUGUAGCACAGCUGCAGGGAAUGCAGAGGUAGCACGAGUGCACCUGACGAGGCAGCUUGGAUGAAUCGUAACUAGGGUGCACGAUAUCAGGGAAUUAUGACGAUGAAUCCUAUAACAUUAAAAAUCACUCUGAUAAACGACCAUUAAAAAAAAACGCGCCAGUGAGGCAAGAUUACCCGUACUGUGUGGGUGAUCAAAUGAAGCACUCCUAUUUUGGCCUGCCUGUGACGUUAACAGCAUGUCAUGAGGGGGGGAAAAACCCUAUCAGCCUCCUGAAACGCCAGCGCCGCAGCGUUUGAAAAGUGCCAUAGGUUUGCCAGAGACCUCUGUGGAGUCACGCCGGCCGCUCGGAGCGUGUGCCCGAAUACAGUGCACCUUGCUGCCACAGCAGGUGGCUCCUCCCCCUCUAUACUCUGGUUCUCCUGGUAGUGAUGUGCUAGUAGUGAUGUCAUCGUAUUUCAUUAGGACUAAUCAACCAAAUCCUAAUUAGUUCCAGUCCUCCUUACCUCCAGCUGUGCACAAAGUAGACUUUGGGUGUCCUAUCGGUCUUGAGAAGCAUAAAGUUGUUGGUAUGUGUUUGAAAAGAACGAUAUCGUGCAUCUCUAGUGUAAACGGUGUGCUGCUCCAGUCAAUCAGUGUUGUUGUGGCAAUCAUCUUCUUUCUCCUCCAGGAGCGAAGAAGGGCAGACGUAGGAAACGGGCUAAAGGGAACAUUAAGAAGCCCGAAAGCUUCUUCUUCUGCUACGUGAUGUCAUCACAUGAUCGUCUGUGGGAGAAGUGUCCUCUGAUGAUGAGAGGAAGUGAAAGAGCUUUUUUUUUUUUUUUUUUUUAACCUGACCAGUCCAGUGUAGCACGCUCAGCGCCUCCCGUGAGAGCCGAUGACGACGCUUUGGAAGCAAUAGUUUAAAAAGAAAAGAAUGAGUUUGGCUCCUGGCUUGUUGGAACAUGGCGCCCCGUUUGUUGUGUCAUCUGUUCCUCUUGGACCCCCAGAGGCGUUUGUACGUGUGUGACUAACUGUCCACUUUUGUACUGUCCCUUUCCUUUGGAGUAUUUGAUCAGCAUUGUCUGAUUCUUCCUGUGCCUUUCAUUCAAAAGUUGGAUUUGCAACUUUUUAGUGGGUUUAAUGAUUCCAAUAAAAGAAGAUCUAUAUAUAUAUAUAUAUAUAUAUAUAUAUAUAUAGAAAUGUACACUGGCAUGUGUCAUGACUCUUCUUGUCGUGCGCUCACCUUUCUAGAAGACGCACGCUGCACCGUCUCACCAUGGAAUGACGAGUGUUUCUCACUGGACUGCAAUCUAUGUGUGGCAGGCGUGAAUGUGCAUAAUUAACCAUGACACAUUUGCAGAAAGUGAGUUAACAAACCAAGGAAAGCAGAAGAACCAUGUUUAGAACUGAGGAUGUCCACAUCUGACCUUCAUCAUCGGGAUCGGCUGCUCAGCCGCUGUACUUUGAAGAUCGGGUCAGAUUGGUGUCUGCCGCGAGAUGGGGCUGAUCCGGUUGCCGUAUGACACUUGGAACUCCAACACGGUAGGUGCGGUGGCCACUCGACUCCCGCCACCCGCCAGAAGAAGAAAAGGCAACACGGCCGAGUACCGUGGUGAAGUUAGUUUCACGUUGGACGUUGGGUAUUCGGCUCUGUAGUCCUUUAGCACACCUAUUUAAUCCAAUGUGAUCUCUUCAUGGAUUAGAGAGCUGACUCACAGGUUUGUUCCAAAAGCCAAACAAUAUUGUUGGUGCUGCUGUGUAACAAACGUACAUUCAUCAUUAUUUGUCAUAAUGAGCAAGAAGAGCAACAGUGUUUUUACAACUACAGUAUAUUCAAUUCCACUAAUUCAAGUUUGGAACAAAAGCUUAUUAAAAAAAAUAAAUCUGAUGGGAAUCUAAAAAGUGUGGAUCUGGACAUCCCUAUUUAGAAGCACAAAUCAACUUUCUUCUCUCACUUCCUUUUGUAUGUUCUUUAAAUAGGACUCCAUUUUCCUCCUUCCUGCGCCUCCUGUUGUUUUCUUUGCCAUCCUUGUGGCCUUUUGUUGUGUGCACAGAAGGAGGAGGCAGACUGUGCCUUUAAGACCGACUGUGUUUAUUUUUCAGCAGAGGCCCAAAUGAUACGUGAUCGGUUGCUGCGUGUGGUCUUUGCUUCUUCUUGCUUUGCUUCUCCCAGCAUAAAAGUCAUCCAGCAGGAAAAUUAGAAGCUUUACAAGUGACACUUUCCUUCCUCCCUUCCUGUAAUUGCCGCUGUUGGACACGCCCUCCGGUUUGUGGGGAGAGGAUGACGUCACGCCGUGCGGUGAGCGCCAUAUAACACCCACCCCCCCUUCCUUGGGUCGUGAGGAAUGUUUCCAGGCUUGGAGGAAAAGGCCACGGACGCAAACCCCUCCAGCUUUAAAUAAACAUGAGGCCAUUUCUAGACGCGCCCACGGGAGAUUUCAAACAGGAAGACCCGGGAGACCAGAAUGCUCGGAAAAACCACCAAAAAAAACAUGAGACCAAACGUUUGCUGAAUGUGUGGAAAGCAAAUAGUUGCUGAAACGACCUCAUUGAAUCUCUUUUAGCUGCACGUUUGCUCUCUGCUCUUUACUUUAGCACUUUAGCACUUUGGCUGCAAAGAUAGAAUAUCCGUGCUGUCCUACGGCAUCCUUAUCUGUCACCGUCACUUCUCCAGACGUCACACUGAGCGUUCCUACUUCUCCAUGCCAAUGUUACCGAAACACCACCUCGUACCACACCUACUUUAUUUUGACACAAUCACAACCUGAAACAUCCUCACGUACGAACUCUGGGAGAUCAAUGACGUACGUAUCUUUCCAUCUGCUACUGCAGCCGUUACUAAUUACAUUUACUCAUUACUAAUAAAGUAUCUAUCUACAAGUACAGCCGUUACUAAUUACAUUUACUCAUUACUAAUAAAGUAUCUAUUUACAAGUACAGCCAUUACUAAUAAAGUAGUCAUUACAAAUAAAGUAUCAAUCUAUCUACAAGUACGGCCAUUACUAAUUA